AUAAUAAUUAUAUUGCACUCACCAUAACCACGGACCAUCUUAGCUCGUGACCACAACCAUGGUUUGAAUUUAAAAUCUAUUGAGACGCUAGAUAGGACAAGAUUAGUGAUAAAAAUCUCAAAUCACGUUAAUAAAAUUUAUUGUUUAUGUAAUAAGUAAACAAUACACACUGUAAACAUAAUGUUUAAAUUUGCAUGAAUUAACCGCCAUAUUAUGUUUCAACUUUCAGAAAUGAAUACAUUUUACACGUAAGUAGUUUAAAUACUUGCAUUUCAUUAAUUCCGUUAAAACAAUCAUAAUGGAUGACUUCAUAAGACAAACGUUAACAAUUUCUGUUGCCCAAAUAUGUAAUAACAUUGGGUGGCACUCAAUAACAGACUCUUCGAUGAAAAUUAUGACUGACAUUCUUCACCACUACAUCAGUGAUUUGUCAAAAACGUCUAAAAAAUAUGCGGAACAUGCAUAUAACGAUGUUCCUGAUAUUGAAGACGUGGAAAAGGCCUUUCGUCAAAAAUCUGUAUCAUUGAUUGAAUUACGUAGAUAUGUUAAAACUACAGGCCCAGUUAAAUUUCCUCAUAAUUUACCUCUACUAAAUAUAUCAGGAAAGAAUGUAUUAAAUACAUUGAAGCCAGGAAGUAGAGAAAUUUUAACUAGACCUAUUCAUAUUCAUGAACAUCUCCCAACAUUGUAUACAGAACAAACUGAAGAGGAAGAAACUAUGGAUACAGAACAAAUUCAAAAUAGUAUUGAAAAUACUAAACAAGAACCAGACGAAGUUAUUUUACACAAACGAUUAAGAGAGAUUUCAAGUGUAGUCAUGACAUCUAGUGGGUUUUUAUCACCAUCUAGAGAAGGCAGAUUGGCAGAAUCUAAAUUAUUGCCAUUUCCAGAAAUCAAAAUUGAUAAGCCUCUUGACACAUCUAAACUAUCUGUUAUUUUACCUAAUUUAGCAAAAGAACCAUCACAAAGAAUUUUAACCAACAAAAAGAAAACUAAAUCAGGAACAAAGAAAAAACCUAAAGGUUCUAAAACAAAAAAAAUACUUUUACAAGAAAAAGAAAAAGCACCAGAAAUAUUUCAAAAAAAAAAGAAACCAAAGGAAGAAAAAAUGCCAGUACCGGUAUCAGAACCACCACCACUUAUUCCAGAACCUGUUAUAGAAGAAAUAAUUGAUAUCGUAAAUGUAACUGAAAAGGUACAGGUUCCAAAAAAAGUUAUUCUUGCACCUCAUACUAACAAAGUGAAAAUGGAAGAAGUUCUACCCAAAUUUUCAUUUUUUGGUCCUUUACCUCCUGGACCUGGAUUGAUACCAACUACAUUUCCUCAAAUAAUUGAUCCUGUAAUUAAUGUACCAGAUAUAAUAGAAAAACCAUCCAGUCCAGUAUUAAAAGUUGAAAUUGAAGAUAUUAAUCGCAAAGAACAAAAGAAAAAAAAAAAAGACAAGAAAAAAGAGAAAAAAGAAAAAAAAAAGCAAAAAGAUAAACUAAAGGAAAAGGUAAAAGAAAAAGAGAAGGAGAAAGAAAAGAAAAAAGAAAAAUUAAAAUCUACCAAUAAAGUGCCAAAAAUAAAAUUUAGAUUUGGGUCUCGAUUAGAAACUACGACAAAAGUAUUACCCGUUGAAAAACCACCAGAACCAAGUGUAACUAUUGUUUCAGAACCAGAACCAAUGGAAGUUGAAGUGGACAUUGAAUCAAAAUCAGACAUAUCUAUAGAUAUAUUACACAAUGACAUCAUUGAUUCUCCUCCUAAAGUUCCUAUUCAAAAAAUUAAAACUAAAAUUGUUGCAAAACCCAUUCAGCCGGCAGUUAUACCUCCUGUGAAUGAAACUCCUCCUCCAGCAUUUUAUUUCGAUGAAGCUGGUAAUCAAGUAUGGAUAUGUCCUAUGUGCACUAAACCAGAUGACGGAAGUCCAAUGAUUGGUUGUGAUGGAUGUGAUGUAUGGUAUCAUUGGGUGUGUGUCGGUAUCCAGUGUCCUCCAGACUGUGCUGUUUGGUUUUGUCCAAGAUGUUUAGCUAAACGAGCACAACAACCAAAAGGUAAAAGAGGUAGACCACGUAAAAAUAAAUGUUAGGAUGUUACAGUUAUAUUAAAAUAUGCUCUAACAUUGCAUUUCUUGUAUUAAUCUUAAGAUUCGUUUGUAUUUAAAAAUCAACUUUGUAUGGUGUUUAUUUCAAUUCCUAUUCACUUACAAUUUGCAAUUAAUUUAAAUUAUAUGUUAAAUUACUCUUCCAAGUUAAAGCAAGCCUAAGUACAUUGAUUUACAUAAAAUAUAAUUAAGUUUAAUUUGAAAUUUUAGGUGUAAAUUGAUCUCAAGUAUAAACAGAACAAAACAUUAACUAAGUUAUUGUAUAAUGUUGUAUUAUUAAAAUUACUUUCCAAAAAAAUACUAAAUAAUAAAAAAUAUACAUAUUAUUAAAUAAAUAAAUGUAUAUUUACGUAUUAAUUGUACUGUUAAUUUUUCAUAGAACAAAUUGUUAUUAUAUUAUGGAAUUUAAAAUAUAUAUCAAGGCAGAAACUCAAAAACAUACAAUUUGUUAAUUUAAUUUUAUAAAGUUUUAAGUCAAUUUAUAUAUUUGUAUGGUUGCAUUAAGAUUGUAUCAAUGUUAGAAUAAAAAAAGAGAUCUAGACUACCAUUUAUAAUAUAUUGUAUUCAAUGUAAUUAUUAAAUACAUGUAAACUUAAAA